UAUAUAAACGAGGCUUAAAUGAGCUGAGGUCCUGUUUGCAAGCUGCUACUCCCGGGCUAUCUGAUUGCCUUUCCAGCUUCUUAAAGAGUUGUAACGCCCGCCGGGUGCGAUGACCAAAUUUCUCUGCUGCACGCUGCUGUUAUUGGACAUCUCAGUCAAGUGGACAGUCCAAGAAACUCUUCCUCCAAAGUAUCUCCAUUAUGAUCCUAUCACCUCCCAUCGGCUGAUGUGUGACCAGUGUCCUCCAGGAACUUACGUCAAACAGCAUUGUACAGCCUCAGCAAAGACGGAAUGUGCCCCUUGUCCAGAUCAGUCUUAUGCAGAUGAAUGGAACAAUAAUGAGAAAUGUCACUACUGCAAUGUGGUAUGCAAGGAACUGCAGUAUGAAAAAAUCAAAUGCACCAGCACCGGAAACCGUGUCUGUGAGUGUGUAGAAGGACGGUACCUCAAACUUGAAUUCUGUUUGAAGCACGCAGCAUGUCCUCCUGGAGUUGGCGUUGUUCAAAAAGGUACCCCUGAAAGUGACACCAUUUGUGAGAGAUGUCCAGAAGGACAUUUCUCUAAUGAUACAUCAUCCAAAGCUGCCUGUCAAAUGCACACUAACUGCAGUGCCCUAAGUCUUAAAUUGAUGCAGAAGGGAGACUCCACACAUGACAACGUGUGCCAGGGAGAAGAGAGUGAUAAAUUGGACCAGCAAUGUGGAAUCGAUGUGACCCUGUGUGAAGAAGCGUUCUUCAGGUUCAUUGUGCCCAAAAAGCUAUCGCUAUCAUCCCCCUGGCUGAACACCCUCAUGGACAGUCUGCCUGGCAUGAAGAUCAGUCUUGAAAACAGGGAAAGAAUUAAACAAAAGAGUAGCUUGCAAGAUCAGACCUUUCUGCUACUAAAGUUAUGGAAAGAGCAAAAUAAGGACCACAAUACAGUCAAGAAUAUUGCCCAAGGCAUUGAUCUUUGUGAAAAUAGUGUUUUAAAGCACAUUGGCCAUCUCAACAUCACCCUUGAGCAGCUCAAUAUCCUGAUGGACAACUUGCCAGGGAAACCUGUGGGUAGAGAAGAAACUGAACAGAUUUUUAGCAUGUGCAAAUCCACAGAGCCAGUACUGAAGCUCUUGAAUUUGUGGAGGAUAAACAAUAAAGACCGAGACACCAUCAAGAGCCUGACAUUAGGAUUGAAGCACCUGAAAUCAUACCAUUUCCCCAAGACAACAAUUCAAGGUUUUCGGAAAGUGGUGAAAUUCCUUCACAGCCUCACAAUGUAUAAAUUAUACCAGAAGCUUUUCUUAGAAAUGCUAGGAAACCAGGUCCAUUUGGUAAAAAUGAGACGCGGGUAGUUUUAAGUUCUCUGAUCUUUCGUUUUGCCAC